AUGGCGGCGGCCGCAGCUCCGGCUGUGCGGUGCUCACUCUUGAAGCGCCGGCCCUUCCGCUGCGGGCCGGGUCUGCGGCCUGUGCCCGGCGGGGGGGCUUCCCUCAGGCUGUGCAGCACGCGGCUGGCGCAGGAGGGCCUCAACAAGCCCGUCAUAGACCGCAUCAUCCGCGUGGACCAUGCGGGGGAGUACGGGGCGAACCGCAUCUAUGCGGGGCAAAUGGCCGUGCUGGGCAGGUCCAGCGUGGGGCCCAUCAUCCAGCAAAUGUGGAAUCAAGAAAAAGACCACCUGAAAAAGUUCAAUGAGCUCAUGGUUGCAUAUAGAGUUCGACCUACUGUUCUACUGCCUUUCUGGAAUGUAGCAGGUUUUGUUUUAGGGGCUGGCAGUGCUUUACUUGGAAGGAAGGGUGCAAUGGCUUGCACAGUGGCUGUGGAGGAGAGUAUAUCAGAGCACUACAACAACCAGAUCCGAACUCUAAUAGAAGAGGAUCCAGAAAAGUACAAAGAACUAUUGCAGGUAAUAAAGCAAUUCCGGGAUGAGGAGCAGGAGCACCACGACAUUGGGCUUGAGCACGAUGCAGAAGCUACACCAGCUUAUUCUGUUUUGAAGACAGCCAUACAACUUGGAUGCAAAGCUGCAAUAUUUUUAUCAGAAAGAAUUUAGUUAUAUUUUCCAUAAUAAUUGUGGUAAUAAAUUAUGACAUAAAAGCAUACGGAAAUUGUGGACGACUCAGCUGUUUUAUUCAGUCUUUUAAAUUUUUCUGCACUAAGCACUUUUUCUUGCACUAAGCAUCCUUUGUCACAUUAAGUCCCCAUUUUAAAAGUAUCUGUAAUAAAAGUCAGUUGAGCUCAAUGUGAAUAAAGGUGGCAGAAUUGAGUCUGUGUGAACUAGACCUCCCUAUUCAGAGACAGUUCACAAGGUGGCAGCAAAAUAUGUAUACACAUGGUUUAUAUAUACAAUACUGUGUAUGGAUACAUACACAUAAAAAUGAUAAACAUAUUCAGUUGCCUUCAAAUUUAUGUGACUUGAAAUAAGCUGGAGCAGCUCAUUUUAAAAUAGUUAAUACUGAAAAAGAAGAAUAUUUUUUCUGUUUUCAAACUGAGUGAAGUAAUAGUAAGUAUUUAUCUUCAGUCCAUCUUGAAUAAAAAUCGGUGUUAUAAGAC